AUUUUGGAUUUUUACGAAAAUUCCAUUGAACAAUUCAUCUCUAACUAGUUAUUUGCAAACCGCAAUGUCCAUAAUAAACAACUAGAGCCGGUCUUCGCAACUUUUUUCAAAUGAAAACUAGAAACCAUUAUCAUCCAAGUUGCAGAACCUGCUAUUAUUUACAGAACCUGCUAUUUUAUUUAUCGUAUGACAAUAUUUUGAAAACAUGGUAAUAGAGAUGUUAAUGAGGUGAUCGGCAUUAUUCACCGGGAAAGAAGUUUACUAUAAGAGGAAGAUUUUUCGACACCGUCCUCAGAUUCAGCUGUUUCUUCAAGAAACAAACAUGAAGAUCUCCUUAGUACUAUUAUUGGUGGGUUUUUACAUCUGUGUUACUUUUGGACAUGGCGUUUCAGGUCAUGAUGGAAUUGAGCCCUGUCAUAAAAAUUCCGGGUUAAGAGGAGGAUAUCAUGACAGAUAUGAACACCAUAAUAGGCGAAACCAGGAAGAAAUACCCGAACAUAUCAAAGAACUGUACAUAAAGAAAGCUGAUAGAUCUUGCAUGGAAAAACAAAAGCAGAUCCUUAGCCUCCUUUACCGCCUGAACCAAAAAUCCGAGUUAUCGGAACAUAUCGAGAUUGCAAACACUUUCUCUCCUUUCGGUUCUCAAAACACUACCCUUUAUUUGAAUUCAAAAGCUGUUGAAGACUUCUACGAGUACUAUAGAUACGGUCCUCUAGAUAGAGGAGCCACUUUUACUAUUUUCGACGUGAAACAUUUGCAACAAGCCGUAGCUUUGAGCAGAUUGCUGUUCUUCGCCAGAGACUACGAAGUCUUUUACAAAACUGGCGUAUGGGCCCGUCAAAAUGUCAACCAGGGUCUCUUUACCUAUUCCCUCUAUGUAGCAGUGGUUCACCGUUCCGAUACCAAAGAAGUCAUGCUCCCACCACUCUAUGAAAUUACUCCUCAUCUGUUCUUCAGUGCCGAUAUAAUCAACAAGGCGAAAUACUACAAACAAAUUCACGACUCUAGCAAGAACAAUCAAGAAAAUAAAUACAAAGGAUACACUAUCGAAUCGGAUUAUUCCAGUAACUAUUUGACCUUGGAUGACGAACAAUCAUCUCUGGCAUACUUUCUGGAAGAUAUCGGAGUGAAUGCCUUCUUCCGCGACUUCCACAACCACUUACCGUUCUGGAUGAACGGUACAGAGUUCGGAUGGAACUACUCGCAUUUCAGAGGUCAUCUUUUCUACUCGUUCUACCAGUACAUUUGGGCCCGUUAUCAAUUGGAACGUAUCCCACUGGGACUUGAUGAUAACGAAUACUUCAACUGGGAUUUGCCGGUAACAACUCCGUACACCUCGAAUCUGGAAUAUCCAAAUGGAGUCCCCUUCCCUAGCAGGCCAAAGUUUGCCAAAUUGCAUGAAUACUUCUACAACUACGGACAGUCUAGGUGGACUCAGAGCUUCGCUGGAUUCAGCUAUAGUUUAGUAAAUGACUUCGAGAGACGAAUUGCUGAUGCUAUCGAGAGUGGCGCGACAUGGAGUGAAGCAGAAUGCAAGUUUGUGAAAGUGAAGUCCGAUGAAUUCCUAAAUGUCCUUGGCAACCUCAUUGAAACCAAUCGUGAUUCUCCAAAUGCACGUUAUUACGGCCCAAUAUGGUUCUUCGCUCGCCAUUUACUUGGUUAUUCCAUUCAAUCCUUUGAUCAAAACGAACUUGUCCCAUCUGUAUUGGAACAUUAUGAAACCACACUGCGAGACCCAGUUUUCUACCAACUCAUCAAGAAACUCGUGGUGGUACCGUUCCAGAGAUAUCUAGCUCGCAUUCCACCUUACACUGAGAACGAUUUGCUCUUCCCAGGAGUGCAGAUCACCAAGGUUAAAGUGGAUCCUCUCGUUACCUUCAACGAACCUUUCUACUCCGAUUUGAUCAACUCUGUUUUCUACAAACCGAAUGAACCCUACGGUGACUUCCUUGUGCGAGUUAGACAGAAUCGUCUCAAUCAUGCUCCAUUUGAAAUCAAACUCAACGUUAAAUCGGACAAGCCGCAAAAAGCCAGCGUUAAGGUGUUGUUGGGGCCAAAAUAUGACAGUAAGGGACGUUCUAUCGGAGUCAGCCAAGGCCGUCUUAACUUUGUACUUUUGGACCAUUUCAAUAUCGAUCUUCAACCUGGAGACAAUCUAAUCACUAGGAAAUCAUCAGACAACGGAUUCUAUGCUCCCGAUAAGAUAUCUUUCACCGAGAUAUACGACGAUGUUGAGGCAGCUCUAAAAGGCGAACGAGACUUCAAUAUCGAUUUGAGGCAAAAUUCGUAUGGAUUUCCGCAAAGAUUGCGUUUACCCAAAGGCAGCGUGGGUGGAACAUCAUACCAACUCUUCUUCGCAAUUUAUCCAUAUUCAAAGGAACACUUCCACAGAAGCAAUGACGUUGAUGCUGAUUUGAUCAAUAAUUACUCUGUGGACUAUCCUUUGGACAGAUUCAUCAAAUUUGACAAACUUUGGGAAGAAAUCCCCAACUUCCGUUUCGAGGAAGUUAAAAUUCAUUUCAAAGAAGAAUAAAAGAGCAAUAGUGAUAUACAUAGAAGAUUAUGUGAUAUGUGUGACCAUGUAUGUAUAUUUCUAUGCAAUAAACUUGAACUUUUCGCAGCACACAA